GCGCGAGGGCCCGCACGUCGCCGGGGGCGCAGAGCCUGGGUGGCGGCGGGUCGUCGGCUGAAGACUGUGCCCCUGAGUUCUGAUCAGGGGGUCGCGCCCCCCCUGGCGGCCCUUGAGUCCCCGGCGCGGCCUGCGUCCCGGCCUUGGGCGCGGGCACCUGCGGGCUCCCGGUCGCUGUCCCGAGGCGUCCGUCGGGCUGUGUUACCGCGAGCGCGGCCUGCCCGGCGGGUAAGGGCGGUGGGGCCUGGAUCUCCCGCCCCAGACUCCGAGCCUCCGCUGCAGUGUCGCCUGGCGGACGUGAGAGGGGCCUAUUCCCAGCGCUGGCCGGACACUAACACUGGUCGGUCCCUGGAAGGGGCAGGCGGCCGCCCACGCAGCGUGGAGGGAGGAGUCACUGCUGACAGCUUUGCCCUUUCUUAGCCUGCCUUCUCGACAGUGUCCGCAGAGUGCUGCCGUGGGCCCGCCCGGGAGGCGCAGCGGACCGCGGGCCCGGCCAGAGGACCUCGGCGCCCCCCGCCAGGGCGGCCUGCGGGGGGGCCGGCCGAGCGGGCGUCGGUGACCGCCCCACCGUGGCAGAGGGCGACUGUCGGAGACGCGGGGCGGUGGAAUGUCAGCUGCCUGAGCUCCCUCCCAACAAGAUGGAGGAAGAAGAGCUGGCCUGUCCAGACCCUUCCUCCGAGACACGCUCCUUCCCAGAGUCCCUCGAUUCCAGUGACGGGGAGGAGGGGGGGCCGCUGGCCUGCGAAGAUUUGGAACUGAACCCUUUUGAUGGGCUGCCGUACUCAUCCCGCUAUUAUAAACUUCUGAAGGAGAGAGAAGCUCUUCCUGUAUGGACGGAAAAGUACUCCUUUAUGGAGAAGCUGCUCCAAAACCAAGUUGUGAUCGUUUCGGGAGACGCGAGGUGCGGCGCAAGCUCGCAGGUCCCCCAGUGGUGUGCCGAGUUCUGCCUCUCCGUCCACUACCAGCACGGGGGCGUGGUGUGCACCCAGGCGCACCAGCAGACGGCCGUCCAGCUCGCCCUGCGCGUGGCGGACGAAAUGGAUGUGAACAUUGGUCACGAGGUUGGCUACGUGAUCCCUUUCGAGAACUGCUGCACCAGUGAGACCAUCCUGAGGUAUUGUACUGAUGAUAUGUUGCAAAGAGAAAUGAUGUCCAGUCCCUUUCUGGGUAGCUAUGGGGUCGUCAUCUUAGACGAUUUACAUGAAAGAAGCAUCGCGACCGAUGUGUUACUUGGACUUCUUAAAGAUGUUUUACUAGCAAGACCAGAACUGAAGCUCGUAAUUAACUCCUCACCUCUCCUGAUCAGCAAACUCAGUUCUUAUUAUGGAAACGUGCCUCUCGUAGAAGUGACAAAUAAGCACCCUGUGGAGGUUGUGUACCUUAGUGGGGCUCAGAAGGAGUCUUUUGAGUCUGUUUUACGCCUUAUCUUUGAAAUUCACCAGUCUGGUGAGAAGGGUGACAUUGUAGUCUUUCUGGCCUGUGAACAAGAUAUUGACAAAGCCUAUGAAAUUAUCUGUCAAGAAGGAUCUAACUUAAACCCAGACCUUGGUGAGCUGGUGGUGAUUCCUUUGUAUCCAAAAGAGAAAUGUGCGCUGUUCAAGCCACAGGAUGAACCCGAGAAGAGAGGCCCAGUCCGCCAGAGGAGGGCGGUGCUGACGGCCAGCCCUGGGGAGGCUCUGAUCUGGGGCGACACCGUGAAGUUUGUGAUCGACGUGGGCGUGGAGAGACGGAAGGUGUACAGCCCUCGGAUCCGGGCCAGCUCACGGGUCACGCAGCCCAUCAGCCAGAGCCAAGCGGAGACCCGCAAGCGGAUUCUCGGCCCGUCGUCUUCAGGAAAACUCUUCUGUCUGUACUCUGAAGAAUUUGCCUCCAAAGACAUGCAGCCACUGAAGCCGGCAGAAAUGCAGGAAGCCAGCCUGACGAGCAUGGUGCUGUUUAUGAAGAGGGUUGACAUUGCAGGCCUCGGCCACUGUGACUUCAUGAACAGGCCAGCUCCGGAAAGUUUGAUGCAGGCUUUGGAAGACUUAGACUACCUGGCAGCGCUGGACAACGACGGGAACCUGUCUGAGUUUGGGAUCAUCAUGUCCGAGUUCCCUCUCGACCCCCAGCUCUCCAAGUCCAUCCUGGCGGCCUGCGAGUUCGACUGUGUGGACGAGAUGCUCACCGUCGCUGCCAUGGUCACAGCUCCCAGUUGCUUUUUGCACCUGCCACGUGGAGCGGAGGAGGCUGCCUUGACCUGCUGGAAGACAUUUUUACAUCCUGAAGGCGACCACUUCACCCUCAUCAACAUUUACAAGGCCUACCAGGACACAACUCUGAAUUCCGCCAGCGAGCACUGUGUGGAGAGGUGGUGUCAGGAUUACUUCCUCGACUGCGCCGCGCUCAGGACGGCGGACGCCAUCCGAGCGGAGCUCGUAGAGAUCAUCAAGCGGAUCGAGCUCCCCUACGCGGAACCCGCUUUCGGCUCCCGGGAGAACACCCUGAACCUGAAGAAGGCCCUCCUGUCCGGCCACUUCAUGCAGAUUGCCCGGGAUGUCGACGGGUCAGGGAACUACCUGAUGCUGACGCACAAGCAGGUGGCCCAGCUGCACCCCCGGUCCAGCUACUCCAUCGCCCGGAGGACGCCGGAGUGGGUCCUCUUCCACAGGUUCAGCAUCUCGGAGAACAACUACAUCAGCAUCACCUCAGAGACCUCUCCUGAGCUAUUUGUGCAGCUGGCACCGCAGUACUAUUUCAGCAACCUGCCUCCCAGUGAGAGCAAGGACAUUCUACAGCAGGCGAUGGGCCGCCUGUCAGCCACCCCCACCACAAAGGAGGAGCGGCGGCUGGGUGAGAAGGCCCCCGGAACUACGGAGCAAAGGUGCGCGGUGCAGUGACGCGCUGGCCGUCCACGGAGCAGGGCGCGCCCGCGGUGCGGCGUGCGGGGCGAGAGG